AUGGCGGAUCAAAGACCCAUUAUUCUUUGGUCCCAUCCGAGGUCUCUUUCUACGGUUUUUGAACGACCGUUUCUUCAAUAUCCUCAAGAAUUCCAUGUUAUCCAUGAACCACUCAAUCAAAUUG